AGUUAAACCUGUCGCAUGCCAUGGAUAUUUUAAAAAUCCUGUCCCGAGGGACGAAGAAGUCCGCUUCUCAGUUCGAAAUACAAAAACCCUUAAACCAACCUUCCACUCCGCAAUUAUACAAUGAUCCAACUCGGGGAGUGAAGCGCAAGAGAAAGGAGGACCAAUCGGCCUCGAGUUUAAACGUCGAUGAUGACCCUGAUGAGAUUAACUUUUUUGCGCCCCGAACGACGAAAAAGCCAAUUGUCGAGCCUACAGCCAAGGAAGAUCAAAUUGAGGAUGCUUCGAAGUCGCUGCUUGAUGAAGAAGAGGUCCGACAGGUCUUAAAGUCGCAUCGCUUAAAAUUCACCCUUCUCUCUUCGCAUGAUGCCAAGAGGACCAAAGUAAAGAAGUCGAAGAAGGAGGAAGCCAAGACCAAGGUUAAAGAUGGAAAGAAGCCACUAUUCCCGCAGCCAUUGACCUCUUUCUCCGAAUUCCGGUCGACGUAUAAUAUCUCGGCUAGGCUAAGUGAAAACCUCGCGAAGCAGGGAUAUCGAAUACCCACUGAAGUACAAUUGGGCAGCCUGCCGCUAUUACUACAGCCUGAUCGCGCAAUCUCGUCAUCCGUUGCAGAGGAACUUCACUUCAAGACUAAAAGAGGCGUUGAUUUCUUGGCUGUUGCUCCCACUGGUAGUGGCAAGACACUGGCUUUCUUGAUUCCAGCCAUUAACAGCAUCUUGCGCAGGAGAGCUGGUGAAACGGGGCAAAAGGAGCAUAUUCUCGAAGUAGUUGUGGUCGCCCCCACGCGAGAAUUGGCGCACCAAAUUGUCAACGAAGGCAGGAAACUAGCACAAGGCACAGGUGUUAAGAUUGUAGGAAUGAAAAAGGACAUGCGCAUACCUGCUGAAGGGGAAAUUGAUGAUGAUUUGAGCCAUGACGAAGCUAGCUCUAAGAGUGAUUCAGAGACAGGCAGUUCCGAAGAUGAAGAGGAUGACAAGCCGCAAAAAGAGACUACGACUACUAAAGCAGACAUCUUAGUCACCACACCCCAAAUUCUACGGAACUUCUUAAAGUCUAGGACAUUACCGACUGUGAAGUCUCUGAUCCUAGACGAAGCGGACGUUUUGCUCGAUCCGCUCUUCCGCGAGCAAACCCUCGGGAUCUGGUCCGCCUGCAGCAAUAAAUCCCUACGACUUACAUGUUGGUCUGCGACUAUGGGAUCAAACAUAGAGGGCUUAAUGUUGGAACAGUUAAAAUCUCGGGGGUCGUCGUCUGUCCCUCUCAUUCGUCUUGUAGUUGGUCUCAAAGACACGGCUGUUCCAAGCAUUAACCACAAACUCAUCUAUACCGCCACUGAACAAGGCAAGUUGUUUGCGCUUCGCCAGCUCUUGCACCCAAAAUCAUCCAGCGACUCAAUGCCGGAAAUGCGACUUCCCUUUUUGGUGUUUGCGCAAACAAUUGAACGCGCCACGGCACUUCACGACGAGUUGAAAUUUGAUAUACCUGCCGAGGCCGGUGGCUCGACCCGUAUCGCAGCUCUCCAUUCAUCACUCUCAGACUCAGCACGCUCGAGUAUUGUGGCUCGUUUCCGAGCAGGCGAGAUCUGGGUAUUGAUUACUACCGACCUUCUUAUGCGAGGCAUCGACUUCCGCGGAGUGAACGGGGUGAUUAACUACGAUGUUCCAACCUCGGCGGCGGCCUACAUUCACCGGGUUGGUCGAACGGGACGAGCUGGCCACGAAGGUGGCGUGGCCGUGACCUUUUACACUACGGAGGAUGUAGCACAUCUCAAGAGCAUAGCCAAUGUGAUUUCUCUGAGUGAGAAGCAGGCGGGGAAGAAGAGCGAAGAAGGGGUACCGAAGUGGUUGAUGGAUUCGCUCCCGAAGAUGGGGAAGGAGGAAAAGAAGCAGUUGAAAAAGCACGGGGUUGAGUCCCGGCGUGGAAACAAGACCAAGAUCACGACGCAGAGUGCUUGGGAGAGACGAAAGGAGAAUAAUAGGCGUGGUGCUAUCGCUGGAAGCAAAAACAGGAAGAUGCAGGAGGUUAAUAGUGAUACCCAGGGAGGAGACGACGGCGAAUGGGGUGGCAUUGACGGUUGAGUGCCUAAUUUUUUUUAACAAACCUGGAUACAUAUCUGUAGUAGUUGUGAUAAUUAUCAAACUCUACCAAACAUUGAGCAUUGUUAAUACUACCUAGUACUCCUUCUACCGCCGCCUUAA